AUGGCUCUGGCAAAUGGCUCUAUUGUAACUGAAUUCAUUCUCUUGGGAUUAACAGAACAGCCCAGACUCCAAAUGCCUCUUUUCUUACUGUUUCUAGUAAUAUAUAUGAUUACAGUGUUGGGUAAUUUGACAUUGAUAAUUUUAAUUGCGUUAAAUGCUCACCUACACACCCCCAUGUAUUUUUUCCUGUUUAAUUUAUCUUUUGUUGAUCUCUGUUAUUCUUCCGUGAUUACACCAAAAAUGCUGAUGAAUUUUGUACUAAAGAAGAAUCUUAUCUCGUACAUGGGAUGUAUGUCUCAACUCUACUUCUUUUGUUUUUUCAUAGUUUCUGAGUGUUACAUACUGGUGUCAAUGGCCUAUGACCGCUAUGUGGCUAUCUGCAAUCCACUCCUGUAUAACACUGUCAUGUCCCCAAGGGUGUGUGCUUAUCUCAUGCUUGGUUCAUAUUUGACGGGAUUUUCUGGUGCUGUGAUCCACACUGGUUUCAUGCUCAGGCUGACCUUCUGUGAUAGUAACAUCAUCAACCACUAUUUCUGCGAUGUCCUUCCUUUACUGCAGCUCUCCUGUACCAGCACCUAUGUCAAUGAGACAGAAAUUUUCAUUGUAGGGGGAAAAGACAUCAUUCUGCCCAGUGUGAUCAUCUUUAUCUCUUACGGCUUCAUCCUCUCUAGCAUCCUCAAAAUAAGAUCCACUACAGGCAGGUCCAAGGCCUUCAGCACCUGCAGUUCUCAUGUAAUUGCUGUUUCUCUGUUCUUUGCAUCAUGUGGAUUUAUGUAUCUGAAACCUUCCUCUGCAAUACCAAUUGAUCAAGGCAAAAUCUCUUCCAUUUUUUAUACCAUUGUAGUUCCCAUGUUAAACCCCUUAAUCUAUAGCUUGAGAAACAAAGAUGUUAAAGUUUCCCUGGGAAAGAUACUGAAUAGGAGGAAGUUUUAA